AUGGCGUUUGAUGCUGCCCUGUUGGACACCAUCACGCUACUCUGCGGGCCUAGGAUGAAGCUGCCGACGCGCGAAGUGCUGGGCCACGCGGCCGACGAGUGCGACGAGGAGCUCUCGCCCGCGCCCAAUGCUGCCCUGUUGGAUACCAUCACGCUACUCUGCGGGCCUAGGAUGAAGCUACCGAUCUACGGCAAGGUGCUGCAGCGGUUGUCGCUAGUGCAGAAACUGAACGUCCGGUGCAAACUGGCGCGCGAAGUGCUGGGCCACGCGGCCGACGAGUGCGACGAGGAGCUCUCGCCCGCGCUCUAUGCUGCCCUGUUGGAUACCAUUACGCUACUCUGCGGGCUUAGGAUGAAGCUGCCGAAAAAACCUGAAAAAAAUAGCGGUGAUGCAGAUAUCGACGAUCUCCAAGAACGUGUAACUACAAACAUAGUGUCCCAUAAAAUGAAGCGCACCGUAGCGGAAGUAUUGGUACCGGCCGUGCUGCGGCUAUACGGACGGCUGCGCGCGCGCGGCGGGCAAGUGGCUGCAUAUCUCGUGCGCAUCGCCACCGACCUGCUCAACGACUACCGGCACGAGAUCGAGGAGCUGAUCGAGAACGACGAGGAGCUAGUGGAGCGCGUGCGACAGUUCCAAGAGACGAUCGGGCAGGCGCCGUCGUUCGGCAACGCUCGCAACCUCGUGACGGCGUCCGCGCCGCCCGAGCCAGAGACGCCGCGCGCGCCGCGCCGCCGGUACCGCGGGGCCGCCGCGCGAGAGCCGCCGCGCAAGCGCGCACUUAACAUAUAGGACGAGGCCGUGUCUGCGCCGCCCGGCCCAGACACGACUGGGGAAUAAAUUGCAAGACACUUUGUGAGGCAAAACAGCACUAAAGUCGGAUUCUUUAGAAAUUUCCUUAAAUGUAAACAAAUAUGGCCAACUGACAUUAAAACAUUUUUAAUCUGUGCCCUAGU